AUGUUCUUUACCUACAAGGGAUGGCAGGAACUAAAAGACUUCAUCCGACAGACUGCACUUCAUAUCAGACAAGCAGUUGUGUACGAUGAUCAACACGGGUAUCCUACAGGGCUGGGCCAAAUUAUUGUUAAAAAUGAAGAUGAAGCAUGGCGGACAUACCGUGAGUCUUAUCUGCUUAGCAGACAAUAUUACGGAGCUAAUAUCCUGAUAGGAAAGCUUUCUGCAACGGGAUGGGAUGGCCAACCCCUGACCGUGACUUUGGCUAGAGCUAGUUCACCCACGAGACCGAUAGCUGGUCCUGCGAAAAGCUCUUCUCCUUCGAGUUAUACAGUAUCUUAUAGAGAAAAUUUUGCGAGACAUUCUGUGGCGGGUACUCCAACUCCGGAAUCGCCUGUCACCGCUGAGUAA